AUGACACGCGUUGCAGAAUCUCCGGCCCGUCGCCAGGUGCGGGUGGCUUUGAGGGACUUGGCGCUGGAUAUCAAGAGCCUAGCAGUUGAUGAGUUCGACCUGCAGCAACUAGAGAACAUCAAUAUCAGUGUCGAUUCCAUGGUGCUAGACGAGAUGUCAUCAGAUAAGCCGAUCUAUUUUGCGCCUUAUUCGGACCACUCAUUUCCAGAACCCAAUGAUGAUGACCUUCAUGGAUCUUAUAACGGAGUAGAUGAUGAAACAGACCCUGCUUUCACCCGUCCUUAUGAUCGCGCAUACGUGAUGGACAUGCACUUUGACUCUUACAUCAGCUACUACAACCUAAAAGCCAAACGUGAAGGGUAUAGAAGCCCUUGGGUCCCAAAAUGUAUCGGGGACUCAGCAUUUGGGAACAUCGGCCUGUACCGGGAUGAGCAACCAGAGUUCGGAUGCUUCAGUAUCGCGGAGCCGAAGGACCUUGCCUGUCCACAUGUUAAAGCGAUCAUUUACAAUAAUAUGGUCGCCACGGAUUCCACAAUUCUCUUCGGCGAGUUGAUGCCAAUUCUCCGAAUCAUGUUGAAGCAGUAUUGGAGAGCAAAGCACAUACAUUCAAUGGUCUCACCGGUCUUGGUGUUCUCGCUCAUGGGUUUACACGCCCGAGUAAUUGAAGCCUUUUUCCAGGGUCAAGAGCUGAUUAUACGCCCCACCAAACUGUAUGAUUUCAGCCACGGAAAUCCCAGUGCCUUCAAAACAUUUACCCAGUGGUAUAUGGGCAAACCUAUCGGGGAUACUACGAAGGCUUCCUGA